AUGUUGAAUCGUGUCCAACGGGAACUGUCUAGUGUUCAUCCACUAUCACUGUAUCGCAAACAAAAUCACAUACCUGUGCCCACAACGCCAACAACUACACAACAAUCUACCGGUGCUCAUGGCUUAGCACAUAGUAAGCCUAGUGUCUAUGCAAACGGUUACGCAUUGCCGGCGGUAAUCGGCAGUAGUAGUGGUGGUGGUGGUCAACAAUCGGCCGAAACUACAACAAUCGGUAGUAGUAGUGGUGGUGGUGGUGGCGGUGGCGGUAGUGUCGGCACCGGUAGUAACAAACGGCGCAUUUCGAAGAUUAUUAGCGAAGUUAAAGAGCGUCGGGAAAUGAGGGAAAGGAAACGGUCGGACUUGCAGGACAUGAACGGGUCGGAUACCGAAUUGGACGUCUUUCUGGAUCCCCGAUUGGCCGCAAAAACCAAAUACUAUAAGGAAAAGCUGAAAGUCUAUAACUUUCUCAAUAAUCCCCAAUCAUUUUGGGCCCGAAGUUAUCAUAUACUGGUGUUUAUACUGGUUUUUGCCGGACUUAUUGUAACUGUUUUCUCAAAUAUAGCAACAACAAAAAACAAUAAUAACAACAUUAAUAAUAAUAAUAAUAAUAUCAAUACAAAAUCAUUGCCAUCACUGGGAAAGUUUGCUUCAAGCGCCUGGAAAUUUAUCUACUUGUUUGAAAAAUUCAUAAUCAUAUGGUUUUCGUUUGAAUUUAUACUGAGAGUAUGGUCAUCGUCGUGCAAACCUAAAUACGAGGGCUGGAGGGGUAAGCUCCGGUACCUGUCAGUACCGGCACACAUACUGGACAUCAUAAUCAUAGUGUCCUCCAUAUUGAUUGUUACGCCAUUUCAUACACGUAACGGAUCGGAAGUGUUUGCCGUAUCGGCCUUCAGGGGGUUUCACCGAUUUUUUUCGGUCCUACAAAUUGUUACACUGAACCGACAGCUACAACCCUGGAAGGUUUUGAGCUCAGUUAUCUACGAUCAGAGGGAACAGUUGCUGAUUAUUUUCUACAUUGAAUUUAUUGUAUUGUGUAUAUUGGCUUAUAUAUCAUAUAUAGUGGAAAAGGAUGAAAACGAACAGUUCGAUAAUAUUGCCGAAGCCAUGUGGUGGGCGGUGGUCACACUGGCUACUGUAGGCUAUGGCGAUCGGGUGCCGGUAACCUGGUUGGGCAAACUAGUAUCAUCAGUGUUCACUGUAUUAGGUGUAGCCAUAUUUGCCUUACCGGCCGGUAUUAUCGGUGCCGGACUGGCCUUAAAGAUCGAGGAAGAGGAACGCAAUCGACAGCGCCGUAAGAAAAAGGCGGCCGCGGCUACACUCAUACAGUGCUCGUGGAGAUGCUAUAAGGCUAGUCAGGCCUAUCAGGAAAUGUCUGGGUUUUUUGGUCAUAAACCGACCGAUAUCUACAAGUUUUACUAUUUCGAAACCAUUGAGAAAAAGUUCAUAUGUUUGACCAGAUUUUUUAUAGCCAAACAACGAUUCAUUGAUUUGUUGCGGCCGUUGGACAUCAAAAGUAUUAUCGAAAGCUACAAAUACGGACAGUUGGAUGUUAUGAGUCGAGUCAGUCAUAUGCAGAAUACUAUCGAUACUAUAGGCACGAGAGUCGGUCUAAACGAAAAUACUAUACAAAACUCUCAGUCAGUAUUGAAUCAAAAAAUCGAUUCAAUGAACGAUUUGAUUGAUGAUAUUAAUAGAAAACUAACGGAACAGUUGUCAGUCAUCGACCAGUUAUCCGGUCAUCACGUGUUUGAUCAACGAUUUUACGAUUGUAUGGAUAGUAUAACGAAAAACACGUGCAAUGAAUGCAAACGCAGUUGUGUUUAG